AUGGAUGCUGAAAUGAAAUAUUGGAAUCUGCCAAUUAUCACAAAUCAUGAGGUCAUGAGCAUACAACAAGUGACAGAAACUCUCAGUCAAGGAAAAGUAAUCCUGCCUAUAGCUGGAGAUGGCAAAUACCACAAGCGACAGCGGGUGCAUAUCCUUGGGCCCAAAAUCGGGCUCAGCGACGAAGCAAUUCGAGGUCGCUCUUAUCGACUGGGAAGAUGCUGGCUGGUAUCCAAGCUACUGGGAGUAUUGUGCAAUCUUUGUGGCAUUCGAUUGGCAGGAUGA